GCACGACUCGACCCGAAUCGGUCGUCAUGACACACGAUCGGUCUUCGUGGCUGACCUAGUCAUUUUGUAGUAGCAUUCAGUCGCUGACGCGAACGUACAAGCUCGCUAGCUUGUCUACGACGAAUCAAACCGACAACCGUACGAGACAGGCUGUGACGGACGUAAUAGGAUGAAGGAUAUCCGCUCGCAGUUCGAGAGAAAUGGCUUCGUCGUGCUGGAAGAUUUCUUUCAACCGGAAGAAAUCGACGAAUUGAAAUUUUGCGGAGAGGAAUUUACCAAGAACUUACCUCCGGAAAGUGAGAGAAAAGUUUUCAAUUCAAUAGAAUCGCAACAGAGCAAAGAUAAAUAUUUCCUGAACAGUGCUAACAAGAUCAGUGUGUUCUUCGAGGCUGAAGCUUUAGACAACGAUGAAAAGUUGAAAGUUCAUCCUCGAGUGUCGUUAAAUAAGGUAGGUCACGCCCUUCAUUGGCUUCACCCUACAUUCAAGAAGUAUACUUUCGAUGAAAGAGUUAAAGAAACAGCUUUCCAAUUGGAUUAUGAGGAACCGGCCGUUUGUCAAUCGAUGUAUAUUUACAAAAAUCCGGGAAUCGGAUCAGAAGUAAUGAUGCACCAAGAUGCAACAUAUUUGUACACCGACCCAGUGAAGCUAAUUGGUUUCUGGAUCGCUUUGGAAGACGCUACUCAAGAAAAUGGAUGCCUAUGGAUCGCGCCAGGUUCUCAUAAAAGUGGCGUUCAUCGGCGUUACGUAAGAAACAAAGAUCCAGAUUCCAAGGAACUGUUGAUCUACGACAGAGCUGCACCUUGUUAUCAACUUAGUAAUUUUCGACCAGUACCAGUUAGUAAAGGAACCUGCAUUCUCAUCCAUGGACAAGUGGUACAUUUCUCAUACCCAAAUAAAAACGACAAAUCGAGGCAUGCUUACACAUUUCAUGUAAUCGAAACGCAGCAUACCUCUUAUUCGAAAGAAAACUGGUUACAACCACCUUUAGAAGGAUUUCCAAAACUAUACAGAAAUUAGUUACCUUUUUACAAAGGUAAUGCUCGAUCGCUAGAGCAUUGUUAAAUUAUUUUACUAAAGAUUGCCAGGGAACAUUAUUCAAUACUUAUUAUUAUUCUGGCUAUGCAUUUUUAUUUUUCACAUUUUCCAAAAGUUAUUUCUUGUAUUAUACAGAAUCGUUAAUAAAAAUAUUUAAGAUGUUAA